AUGGGAAACAUUUGCCCGUGGUGUAAGAAUCAUGAUGAGGAACCAACCGAGCGAACACCUCUGCUUAUUCCAAACCAAACUCAAACCUCGCUUUCAAAUGAAAAUAGCGUUACUUCUGUCCAACCGGAGAACACGCCUCCUGAACCAAAUCCAUUUACUGAGAUGACAACGAUCGUAGAAAAUAUGUUCCCGAAAUUAAUUGACGUUAUUGAAUGGGAAAGAAAUCCACCAAAUGUACAACCUGUACUAGCAGAUGAGAAUGGUGAUUAUUCCUCAACACGACAAAAUAGUGAACAUAAUACAAAGUUAAUUAAAGCAUUACAAACACUGAUACAGAAGAAAAAUUAUAAUUUAGUCAAUAGUACACCAAAUAGUAAUAACACAAGUUAUACCUCUUUAUCCUCUUCGUCGUCAGCCAUUUUACCCGACUGUGGUUCAACAACGUUGGUCAGCGUUUUAUCAGCAAAACCUGUUUCGCAAGAACUCUGCCACUACGUGUCGACCAUGGCCGAGGAUUUCAACCGAGUUAUUAUAGAGGAGAUAAAAAUUGUACAUAAAGAAGAUUUGGUGGUGAAUUUUGAAUAA